GACCCCGACUUUUCUGGUUCCCGCAACGCUGGCCUUUUCUCCUUGUUAGAAAAAGGACAAAAAAAAGAAGCGUUCCAAAGUAACGACUCCUAGCCGUCUCGCCCGAGAUAGCCACAUGCUCCCGCAACAGCCAACGUCUCCGCGACGCUCGCGCCAAAUCAAGUACUGCUGGAGGCCGUCGUCCCAAUACGAGCCGUCCGAACGCCGCUUUCGCUCCUGAACGGCAGGGACGACCAACGACUGAAGACAAGACAGCGACGAUCUCGGACCCUUUUUUUUCUGUCGACGCAACGCAACGGCCAUGGGCUCGGAUAAUCGUCGACCCGGCCUCUUCCGUGAGACGACAGCCGAUGGCCGCUCCAGCGAGCCCCUGCUCUCCAGACCCGACUCUUCUGAAGAGGCAGACUUGGGCGACAAGGACGUCGAGCGAGGCCGAUCGUCACGAUCCUCAGGCGACGGACACGCUGCGGCAGCGCCCAACUCCCUCUCCGGCUCGGGCACCAUGUACGAAUCACUCUCGCGACCGGCGAACCUGUCUCGGCGCUCGACGAUGCGCAGCCGCAGCCCGGGCGAAUUGGCGGCCAGCUCGGCGCGCAAAAAGUACACGUACGCGGCCUUCUUCCUCGUGCUCAGCCUGGUGGCCUUUUGCGUGCAGACGGAGCUGAGCGCGCACAUCCAGGGCGACCUGGGCUGGGACAAGGCCUACUGCAUGAUGUUCUUCACGCACAGCUCGUGGGUGCUGAUGUGGCCGGUCCAGCUGCUCAUCCUGCGCCUGCAGAAGCGCGACAUGCCGUGGGACGCCUUCUGGCGCCGUCACCUGCAGCUGGUCAAGUCGACGGCCCUCAUGGUCGAGCUGCAGACGCUCGACGUCUUUGGCCUGCAGCGGCCCGCGGCAAAGUCGGUGCGGUACGUGGCCCGAACCACGGCCUUCAUCACCACCGCCCUGACCGUGGCGGGCUUGAGCUGGUACGUCGCCGUCAGCCUCACCACGCCGUCCGACCUCACCGCCAUUUACAACUGCUCGGCCUUCUUCGCCUAUGCCUUCUCCGUGCCUCUGCUCAAGGAGCCGCUGCGCCUAGACAAGUCGGUGGCCGUCAUCAUCGCCAUCAUUGGCGUCCUGGUCGUGGCUUAUGGUGACACUGGCGGCCAAUCCGCCGAGGGCGAGGGCGUGAACGAGGGAGGAGAGGGCGUGGAUGUAGAAGCAGGCAACCGCUUUUUGGGCAACAUUGUCAUUGGCGUUGGCUCCGUGCUGUACGGCCUCUACGAGGUUCUGUACAAGCGCUUUGCCUGUCCUCCCGACGGCGUCUCCCCUGGCCGGGGUAUGAUUUUCGCAAACACGUUUGGCUCCUGCAUCGGGCUCUUCACCUUGAGCGUGCUCUGGAUCCCGCUGCCCCUCCUGCACUGGACCGGCCUGGAGAUUUUUGAGCUUCCAAACGCUUCCACGUGCUGGCUCAUCCUUUGUGCCGUGCUCGCCAAUGCUACUUUCAGCGCCUCGUUCCUCAUUCUCAUCUCUCUUACGUCUCCCGUGCUGUCGUCUGUCGCUGCCCUCCUUACAAUCUUCAUCGUUGCUCUUGCGGACUGGUUCAUCACCGGCCAGCCAUUGAGCCCCGCGGCCAUCAUUGGCGGCUCCAUGAUUAUUGUUGCCUUUGGCGCACUGAGCUGGAGCACGUACCGAGAGAUGAUGGAGCACGAGAUUGCCAAGCGCAAGGUGGAUUUGACGGACAGUGACGAAGAUGGCGACUUGAGCAGCCAUGAAGAUUGAGACUAUUUUCUCUCAUUGUUUUCCUUUACUCCUUUUAUUUUCCAUUUUCGUCCCUUUCCCCGGGGAGACUAGCAAUUCGUUUACGCGCAACCUUUCCUCUUCUAGACUUUGAGUUGCAUUGGCUUUAGAGGCGUUUAUAUAUAUGCAUUGUGGGUGGAGCAUUCUUGAUCUCACGGGUAUGGAUUAUGGAUUGGACAUGAUGGACCAUGCUACGGGGCGGUCAAGAUAGAAGGCGGAUUAUACAAGUACAUGCCCCAAGUGGCAGAACAAUCAUGGGGAUAUAUUGGGCAAUGUGCUGCCAUUGAUGGCUGUAGAUAGGCAGCCCCGGGCCGCUAUAGACUGUCAUAUUGAAUGAAACAUGUAUAUCGAUUUCAUAUUUCCAAUGUUACCAAGCCAUUUACUCGUCUUUGACCGAGUU